AAUAACAUAUUGAGAUGGCAAGAAUCAUGGUUGCUGCAGAGAACAGACCACAAGAAAAAUUGACGGUGUUGGGUACAGGUGACUUUAGUCGUGCACUAACGAAGCGACUAUCUUUGGCUGGUUAUGACGUCAUUAUGGGAAGCCGGAAUCCUGAAAGAAGUCGAAGAUUGCCACAUCUGUCAUCGUUCAACAUUGCAUCCAUAAAUGAUGCUUUAGAGCAUUCUGGCAUCAUCUUUUUUGCUAUUCCCAUGCAUGGAUAUGAUAGCUUGGUGGCAUCAUCGGGCAGCCAACUAAAUGGAAAGAUUGUUGUCGACGUAAGCAAUCAAACGCAGACCUCUUUCAGAGGAUUAUCAAAUGCUGAGUACCUAUCCAGUCUAAUACCUAAGGCUCACGUUGUGAAAGGCUUCAAUGUGAUAUCUGCAUGGGCAUUGGAACAAGAUAUUUAUGGAGGAAGUCGGACUGUUUACAUUUGUGGAGACAAUGCUGAAGCUAAAGAAAAGGUUAUGCAAAUAUCUCGAACAAUGCAGUUUAUCCCGUUUGACCAAGGAUCACUACAGGUUUCUCAAGCUAUUGAAGGAAAGCCAUUGGAAUUGUUUCCUAGUUGGCGAGUAGCGAUGAUUAUGUUUGGAAUUCUAUAUUUGAUUAUGUUGCUGUUUUUUGUGUUGAUUCGAGUAAUAAGAAAGUUUCCCUUUACCAACUUUCCAUUACGAAGUGUCAGUCUAAUGAACGCGUUCACUGUGAUUGGACUUUUGGAUAUGGUUUAUCUCCCAGGAUGCAUUGCAGCUAUUUUGCAGCUAAUUUACGGUACCAAGUAUCGUCGUUUUCCAAAGUGGCUUGAUAUUUGGAUGAAAGCUCGUAAACAACUUGGUUUGCUGGCAUUGUUACUGGCUGCAAUGCAUGGUUGUAUGUCAACCCUUUAUUGGGGUCCUGAAUAUAAUCGUAGAGUUUAUCAAGACAGGUCCAUUCAUAUCAACAACGUAACAGUUCGUGUUUAUGGACGAAUGACUGCACAAGGCGAAGCUUUCUUGACGCUUGGAGUCUUGGGUCUGUCAGCUUUGUCUAUUUUGGGUAUAACGUCACUUCCUACUGUUCUUAAUCGCAUGAGUUGGAGAGAGUGGAAUUUUGUUCAAUCUGGUUUGGGUUACUUUUCAUUGAUAUUUUCUCUACUUCAUUUUACAAUCUAUGCUUACGAAGGUAUUAUUAGAUGGAAAUUGGAGAUCUUUUUCUAUCCCACCAUUUUGACUGUCAUUAUCGGAUACGCCAUCAUCGUUUUAAAGAUUAUAUUGUUGCUGCCUUGCUUGGAUAAACGAGUAAAGAAAAUUCGUGCAGGAUGGGAACGAAAUGAACAGAUUUACGAAGUUUGAUCUUAAAGCUAUUAGGCUUUCAGUUACUUUAAUAUGGGAAAAUGACAUGUUUAGAAGCACUUUUACUACACUAAAAACUGUAUGUUGUCAGUUUUAGAAUAAAAUUACAGUUACAGCCACAUAAUGUUUAUUACAGUGACAACAUUAUACUUACCGUUAAAACACCAUAGUUAUUGUUAGAAGAUAAUAGCUAUCAUCACAAGAUUGCACUUAAUUCCAUAACAUCAUAGUUACGGUUAAAACGUUAUGUAAUGACAACUGACUUCGUUUGUCAUUUUAAUUUAUUAAACAAGAAGUAGACGCAAAAUUGUUAAUACAUUACAUAAUAAAGAUAUGACA